AUGGGGCUGUCGUCGUCGGUGGGAUUCAUCUUGCAGGAGCGCGGCGCGUCGUACGGCGACCAAGGCGUGUUUUCGUUGGCGUCGUGGCCGUUCUCGUUGAAGGUGCUCUGGGCGCCGGUCGUGGACGCGGUGUACGUGAAGUCUUUCGGACAGCGACGGACGUGGGUGAUGCCGCUGCAGGCGAUCGUCGGAUGCACGCUGUUGUUUUUGGCCAACGCGCUCGGGGAGUUGAUUAGCGCCGACGGGAGCGACGUGAAGACGCUGACGUGGACGUUUUUUUGGUUGUAUUUGUUGCUGGCGAGUCAGGAUAUCGCGGUUGAUGGGUGGGCGCUGACGAUGUUGAGCGAGAAGAACGUUGGGUUGGCGUCGACGUGCAACGCGAUCGGGCAAAUGGUCGGGUUUUUCGUGUGCUUCACGGGAUUUUUGGUGCUGAACUCGUACGGGGUAGAUCUCGGGGCGUUUAUAUCGUUCUGGGGGUAUGUCUUCAUCGCUUCGUCGGUGUUCGUGUACGCCACGAAGGAGGUGCGGUGCGAGACGCAGAUGAGCGUGAAGAAGGCGUACGCGCAAGCGUUUUCCAUUCUGCGAUUACCCGCGGUGCUCAAGUUGAGCGCCGUGUUACUCACGCGAUUCGUGGCGUUUAGCGCGUCCGAGACGCUGACGACGCUCAAGUUAUUAGAGAAAGGCGUGCCGAAGACGCACAUUGCCACCAUGUCCGCGCUAAUGACUCCGCUCAACUUGGCCAUGCCCAUGCUGACUCGAAAAUGGACCGCCGGGGCGCGGCCGUUGGACACCAUCACCAAGACUUGGGUGUGGCGCGGCGUCGCGUGCGCGUUCGCGGCGCUGCUCGUGUUUUACGCUCCCGAUGUGACAUCGAGCGGGACGAUCCCGUACGGGUACUACGCUUUCUUAUUCGCCUGGCUGUCCGUAUACAGCGCAUUCAGCAACGCGCAUUUCAUUUCAUUUAUGGCGUUUUACAACCGCGUCUCCGAUGCGGACAUGGGCGGCACGUACAUGACAAUCUUAAACACCGUCAGCAAUCUCGGCGCCAAGUGGAUGGAGAGCGUCACGUUGUUCACAAUCGAUCGAGUGAAUACGAACGUGUGCGUCGCGAAAGGUACGCGCGAGAUCAUCGGCAGUUGCGCCACGGAUGCGUUGAAGGCGGCGUGUAAAGGUAAGUGCGCGACGACGGAUACGCCGUACUACAUCGUCGUGAUGCUUUCGCCAGUCAUCGCUUACGCGUGGUUAAGGCUCACGCGUAAGACGAUCGAUUGGUUAUCGCAGGCUCAGAAGUCGCACUGGCGCGUGAAGCAGGCGUAG